AUGGCUAAGCACAUUUGCUGCACUGGAGGAGCAGGCUACAUCGGCUCCCACACUGUCGUGAAGCUGUUGGAAAGUGGUUAUAAGGUGUCUAUCAUGGACAACUUGAUAAACGCCAGCGAGAAGGUGCUUCCCAGGCUUAAGGAGCUGACGGGCAAGGAGGCCAAUGUCUGUGCGCACAAGAAAUGUUUUGCGGCUGUCGACAAGCUGUUCGCAGAGCAGAAGUUUGACGGUAUCAUACAUUUUGCUGGCCUCAAGGUUGGCACUUGA